AUGAGGAUUCUGUCUCAAGAAUGGAAACUUUCAUUGACAAUACUAGUACUAGUGUUGUUGUCAUGCACACCAUACUCAUCAGCUGUUUCUAGUAAGACAAAUAAAAACGUUAAAACAAAUGUUUUUAUGUCUCCCAAGAUUGAACUAAGUCCAGGAUCUGUUUCAAACAAAUUAUAUUUUGAUGUUGAUUUUCCAAGAGGCCAUAUUUCACUCAAGAGUUUCAAUGCUGAACUAGUUGAUGAUGCAGGAAAUUCUAUACCUCUCUCUCAAACUUAUCUACAUCACUGGAUUUUUCUAAGAUAUCACCAACCAAAAAAUGUGACACAUGAUAACCAAUCCGGUAUUACUUUUGUGAGAAAUAGUGGAUUUUGCCAAGAGAAUGUUUAUGGUCAAUACUUUGGUCUUGGAUCUGAAACAAGGCGCACAAAUACAUAUAUUCCAGACCCUUAUGGAAUAGAAGUUGGUAAUCCUGCUGAAAUUCCAAAAGGGUAUGCGGAGAAAUGGAUGUUCAAUAUUCAUGCUAUUGAUACAAGGGUGUGGAAGAUAAAAUGGGGUGCAUUGAGUGUAAGUGUGAUUUGUUUAAUGUUACAAAAGAUGAAGAUGGUGUAG